AUGGCACCCACGCAGCCGCCAAAGCUCUACGACCCAGAAGGCGCCGAGGUGAGUUAGUCCUUGACCAUAGUCUCAACAACCUUAACGUCCAGCAUCCGGACUCUGCUAACACGAUGACACACGCAACAGAAAGUUCGCGCCUCCAACGAGGGCAUGACCAAGGCUCGUGCUCGUGGUCGCGUCACUGCCUCGCGCUCUUCGGCAGCAUCGUCCUCAAGCCCCGCCAUUCGCGCAUCCGGAGUGACCCGUGCUCUCAACCAGAGCACUUCCAACUCCUCCCCUCCGUCCUUCAACAUCAUCCCACCAUCUCCCAAGACACCCAACGACGAGAAUCGUCGUCCCGCCGGCACCACUGACAGCACUUCCGCUCGCCGCAACAUCAUCCACGGCAUCGCUCCUGUCGGUAAUCGCACGGCAACUACGGCAGCUUCGUCACUUCCACACCACAAGCUCGCCCUCGCCAAGGCCAAAGAGGCAACUGCACUCGCCGAACAGAACAAGAACCGCGAGGCCGAGGACGAGAAGCGUACCAUGGCUGCUUUCAGCUCCAGCAUGAGUGGCGCCGAGCGCAUGCUCGCAUUCGCCAAGCAGCAAGAGCUCCAGAAGGCUGCCGGCGCCGACGACGCUGCCAACAAAGCUGCCGUCGAGGAGUCACGCAAGGCCAAGAUCGAGGCCGACAAGAAGGCUGCUGAGCAGAAAGCCGAGAGCCUCAAGCUCUUGAAGGCCGCUGAAGAAGCCCGCAAGGCCAAGAUCGACGCCGAGCAGAAGGCUGCUGCUGAGGCUGAGGAGGCCCUCAAGGCGAAGGCUGCUGCCGAGAAGAAGGCUUUCGAGGAAGCUGAGAAGGUCAAGGCCGCCGCCAAAGCCGCUGAGGAGGCCGAGAAGCUCAAGCUCGUCAAGGCUGCUCAGGAUGCCGAGAAGGCCAAGGCUGUCAAGGCUGCCGUCGCCGGCCCUCAGUCCGCCAUUGCCCGCGUUCGAGCCAUGCAGGGAAACUCACCAUCCGUGUCUGAGAAUGCCGUCGCUGCUGAGGCCGCUUUCAAGACAGCUGAGUCCUCCCAGCCUGGUGCUCAGGCCAACGACACUCCAACCAACACGAUCAGCUGCGGUCCCACCCCAGACAGCUUCAAGCUCUCUAAGCAGGGCCAAUCCAUCGCCACUGCUAAGGUCACGAACUUCGAGCUGCUCGAGCCAACCUCUGCCGAGAUUGUUGCCGAAGCCAAGAACAUCCUGUGCACCAUUCCUACCCGUGUUCGUCCAGAAGCUACCGCCGAGCAGCUGCCGCCGCCAACUGACGCUGAGCUACUCGACAGCCUUGCCGACCUGAUCAAGGAGCACAAGAUGCUCGAGCACGUGGCCAAGGAGGUUAAGGGCAAGCUUGCCAAGCUCAACGCCCACAUCGCCGUCAAGCACGAGCAGGUCCUCCUGCGGAAGAAGGCCCAUUAG